UCUCUCUCUCUCUCUCUCUCUUCUCUCUCUCUCUCUCUCUUCUCUCUUCCCUCUCUUCUCUCUCUGUUGAAUGCUGAUUUAUUAGUCCCGUAGCCUUCGCUCAUUCCUCCGCUUAACCCUCCAUUGAAACGAUAAACAGAUUUUCAUACAAAACUCAUAUUACUCACAAGUGGAUAAGAACCCCGCCUUCCUUCUUCAAUAUCCACUCCAAAUUUCAAGGACUACGUAGCCUUGAAUCUCCUUGUUAUAGAUAAGAGGGUCGAUCAGAUCAUCCAAUUUUUAUUUUUAUUUUUUUUGGUUUUUUUGGCUUUCAUUGUUCGGCCUUCCAAAUCUCAAUAUCUCUUUGCGGGAUACCUAAUUACACUCUUCAUCAUCAACAACACGUUUUUCAGCCAAAUGGGUUUUCUUCACCUCUUCUUCUCUCCCUAACAAACUCUUCUUUCCGGCAGUUGAAGCAGCAGAAAGAAUUCCACUUCAAACCCAUUUUUCUUUUAGAUUUUGUAUUUGGAUAAACUGUCGUAAGCAGCUGCUGCUGCUGCUGCUGUUGCUGCGGCUGUUGCUGCGGCUAGUGUUUGUUUGAUGGACUUCUCAAGAGAGAUCGAAGGGAAGCAAUUGCAUGAUCCGCUCUAUGCCAACUGGAGAAUGAGCAGGCGUUUCGGCGACUGCGUGCAAGUUUCCGGCCCCAUAAUAGUUGGCGCGGGGCCCUCGGGGCUCGCCGUGGCAGCAUGCCUCAAUCAGAGGGGUAUCAGGAGCAUAAUCCUAGAGAAAUCCGAUUGCAUAGCCUCACUAUGGCAAAGGAAGACCUACGGCCGCCUCCGGCUCCACCUGCCAAAGCAGUUCUGUGAGCUCCCGAUGAUGGGGUUCCCCCCGGCAUCCCCAACAUACCCGGACAAGCGGGAGUUCGUAAAGUACCUCGAGGACUAUGCAAAGCGCUUCGGCAUCCGGCCGCAGUUCAACGAGACGGUGGAGGCUGCAGAGUAUGACGGGGAGAUUGGGCAGUGGCGGGUGAGGAGCAUGGGGCCGAAGGAGGGGGAGAAGACAGAGUACGUGUGCCAGUGGCUGGUGGUGGCGACAGGGGAGAAUGCGGAGCCGGUGGUGCCAGAAAUAGAGGGGAUGGAGGGCUUUGGGGGGCCCAUAAAGCACACGAGCAUGUAUAGCAGCGGGGAGGAGUUCAGAGGGAAGAGGGUGUUGGUGGUCGGGUGUGGGAAUUCAGGGAUGGAGGUGUGUUUGGAUUUGUGCAACCACAAUGCCAUGCCUUCCUUGGUGGUCAGAGACACUGUGCACGUCCUACCACGAGAUGUGCUGGGGAAAUCGACUUUUGGGUUGUCCAUGUGGUUGCUCAAGUGGCUGCCCAUGCGCCUUGUCGACCAGCUCUUGCUCCUCGCCGCUUGGGUCAUGCUCGGAGACACGGCCCGGCUGGGCCUGAAGCGGCCGAAGGUGGGCCCUCUCGAGCUCAAGAAUUUGAACGGCAAGACUCCGGUAUUAGAUGUUGGGACACUGGCCAAGAUCAAAAGUGGAGACAUUAAGGUAUAUCCCGGAAUCAGACGGUUGAAUCCCCACGAAGUAAAGUUUCUUGAUUGCAGGUCAGAAAAAUUCGACGCCAUAGUACUAGCGACGGGUUACAAAAGCAAUGUGCCUACUUGGCUAAAGGAAGGAAGUAUGUUCUCGAAGGACGAUGGGUUUCCCCGACGGGCCUUUCCAAAUGGGUGGAAAGGCGAGCGCGGUCUAUACGCCGUCGGGUUCACUCGGCGCGGACUACUCGGCGUGUCGAUGGAUGCCAGGAGAAUAGCGGAGGAUAUCGAGAGGUGUUGGAAGGAGGAGGAAAAACACAGGAUACAAGUUCCUAACUUUCUAUUCCCAAAAUCAUCAUGAUCAUUUUGGUUGCUUUGAGUGUAAAGAAAGGAAAGAAGAGGCUAAGCAGCCGGAAUUUGACUUGGGUUUUUGGUUCAUAGCUGAUUUAAUUAUUGGAGGGUUUUUCUUUUGCCGCGGCCGGCACAAUUGCUGGUACCAAAGAUGGUGCUCCUUCGGUUGAGGAAAAGAGAACGGAAAAAGGGACUAAAGAAGCGUGAAAUGAAACCUUUCUUUUCCAACGUGACACCAGAUGCAAAUGGGGGCAAUCGACAGUGAGAUAAAGGGGUUGGUGCAAAAAAAAUUGUGGGGGGGGGGACCUAUGUGGUCUCUGCAUCUUGUAUAUUAUUACCAUCAUUACCAAUUUUUCUCUAAUUAGGUAUGACUUUUUCUUUAUUUUUUUGUUAGAGGAGGAAGAAGAAGAUGGGGACGCCC